GUGGUUCAAAGAUGGACGAUUAUUGACUGACCAGGAGAAGUAUCAAACCUACAGUGAACUCCGUAGCGGGGUUCUAGUUCUGAUUAUAAAAAACCUGACUGAGAGAGACCUUGGACACUACGAGUGUGAGCUGUCAAACCGCCUCGGCAGUGCCAAGUGUGCUGCUGAUUUAGUAGUUCCUUCUGCUGUGGCCCGUACUGGGGAACAGGGCAUCACCAUUGAAGUUACCGAACAGGAGACUAAACUACCGAAGAAGACCAUCAUCAUCGAGGAGACGAUUACCACUGUUGUGAAAAACCCACGCAUGAGGAGACACAGAUCUCCAGGCUUGAGUGUCACUGGAGCCCACCGUUCAGAAACUUCCACCCCUGAACUACCUGCAACCAGGCCAAGAAGGAUGCCGACCCAGAGAAAGACCACCAUCCCAACCCUCUAUGUCACUGAGCCCGAGGGGGCUGGAGCCAGGGCAGCAGAAAGCAAGCCCAGGUGGGUUGAAGUGGAGGAAGUCAUUGAGUAUAAGGUCAAUAAGUCUCCCAGACUGUCCAGAAGAAGAGGGAUCUCACCUGCAGGCUCAGACCGUGCAGCAACCCCCUCCCGUCCCAAGAGGUCUCCUCUGGACAACCUGAACGUUAACAACUCAAACAACAAGCUGGUGGAACAGAAACAGGAACAUCUUAAAGACGAGAUCAGCAGCCAGACCGUCUCCUGGGAGGAAGAGGAGCCUCAGACUGCCUCUGGCUCUGCAUCGAGAGAACCAUAUGAACUGCCAAACAUCGCAACGCUUGCUGAAGAUAUCGAUGACCUGGAUGAUCAACAAACUGUUAUCUUUGAACCGGAUGAUGAGGACAGUAAGAGGAAUGAACCAGUGGAUCUGAAACAAGGGGAUCGUAUUAUAAAUCUGGAGGACUUGGAGGAUUACAUCCCAGGAGAGGGAGAAACCUACGGCUCCUCCGACAGCUUACGCGUCUCUGACGAGAAGCCUUGUGAGGUCUCUGUCCUCCAGAGGGAGAUCGGGGGGUCCCAAGUAGGACAGCCGGUGCUUCUCCAUGUGGGGCGGCCGGAAGUUUUUCCAAGGCAGAGAAGGGGCCUCUUCGGCCGCUUCAGGGAGCAUCUAUCAAGCGGUCUUUUUCCAUCUGUCUCCCCACAAACCAGCGGGGCUCGAACCAGGAUGGAGAGACAAGUCCCAAUCCAAGUGAGCCACGCCAAGCUGGAGGUGCAGCCCUCUUACUGCACUGAGGUACAGAGAGUGGAGGGCGGGCAGCAGAGCUUUAAAACUAAGGUGUCCACCCAAACCUACGGUUACACAUCAGUCGGAAAGCCUGUCACUCUCCAAAUUAAAGAGAAACCCUUUCAAAACCAAUAAACAACUUUUAAUUCGCAACACAAAUCAUUAGUCUUAAAUGGAUUCAUUUCUACUUACAUUAUUAAAAUAAUCUAAAAAAAUAUAUCUGCUACAUAAAAAAAAGCAACCAUUCCAUAUUGAAGCAGCCAGUCAGAAAAUAGUCUGAUCCUCAGUUGUUUUUGUGGGAUUCAGCGUUUUCUAUAGGCUAGGGAAUGUGGAAACUGUAAACUGUAGAGAUAAACAUGUCACUGUAAGCAGGUUUCAGCUCUGUCUGUAUUUUUUGUGAUGUGUGACAUGCAGCAUGAAUAAAGUGGACAGAGCUCUAUGAAGAAACCUUUUGUCGUUCAUCAGUUUGAUGGUCGUUUUCAUAGAUGUGCCACCAUGAAAAUCAUCAUCUCUGCAAAAGGAACUUAUCCAAGCAGUAAAAUGACUAUCACAGCUCUUUUUUUCUUGCAGAAACUUUCUUGAAUUUUUGAAGGAGAAAGUAUGUAUAACAUGGCAUAGACUUUGGCUUUCUGUAUUACUGUUAGGUUAAACCAGUGGUGUGCCAUUAAAUUCUAGAAACUUUUGCCUUGAUGUAUGAAUGAUUCCUUGGUAAGCAGUAGUAACACUGGAGUGCACUACAACCUGUUUUGCACUACAAGUACACUUUACCUGAACCAUAAGUCCCCCCAUACUCUAGCAUUAGCUCUCGUUUUACCACGCUUCUUAGCCCUUUUCCUGCCUUUUUAAUGAUUUGCAGUUGCAUGCAAACUCACAGGGGAGUUUUGUGUGUCAGUGACAUAUUUACACGAGUGACUGCAUGUAUUUGCUUUCUACAGCAAAUGUGUUCAACAGAAUCAUCUUGUAUGUAAGUGAAAAUGUUAAAUUCAAGGACUUUACUACGUUCUUUACAAAUGUUGCAGUGCUUGUGUUGGUAUAAGGUACCAUGUAAUUGGUAUGGACUAUGUAUGCUGUUAUAUUAUGGCUCCGACGGAUUAUUGUUUGAAAUGUUCAUGUGUAGUUUUCGAGAGGAAAAUUAGGUUGAGCACAGUGUUAAAUAAAUGUACAGAAAAC